AAAAUUGACAAACAAGAGGGUCCAACUCCUUAAAACCUUCCCAGUUUAAUAAUUAAAAACGUGCAAUUAAGAAGACUAUUCGACUAAUCCAUGUCCCUUAUCAUGGCAAAAAAAAGAGAGAAUAUUUUAGUAAUCUUAAGAACAUUUUAGUAAUCUUUUUGUCUAUCUUUACACGUUAGUCGUUACAGAUAAUAAAAUGAUACAGCAAUUUAUAUUAGCAGAUAGACGGUGGUUGUGGUUUUCAGAUUUCAUUUGGUCUUAAUUGUAAUUUGCUCAAUAUUCUGAAGAUGAUUGUAGCUGAAAGAUUCAUUCAACAGCUUGUUGUCUUUGCCAUUUUUGUUGUGCUGUCAGUCAACUGUGGUUUUGUGUUCAGUUCAGGAGUUGGUGACGGUCAAAUCAAGUGCCCUGAGACAGAGAAAGAAGCUCUUCUCAGUUUCAAACGGGAGUUAUUGGACGUCUAUGGACGACUUUCUUCUUGGGGAAAUGAGGGGUUUAAUCAAGAUUGUUGCAGAUGGAGAGGUGUCCAUUGUGAUAAUCAAACCGGUAAUGUCAUCAGACUCGAUCUUCGUGGCCCUUCCAGUCCCAAUGCAUCUGUUACUAUUGCACCAUUCAUAGGUAAGAUAAGUCCUGCCUUGCAAAAAUUGAAGCAAUUAAAGUAUUUGGAUCUUAGUUACAAUCAAAUUUCAGGAGGCAUACCCGAUUUUCUUGGUUCUCUGAGUAACUUGGAAUACCUCAACUUAUCUUGUGUUGGUGAUGAUUUUACAACAGUUUCUCCUAAUCUUGGCAAUCUUUCUAGCUUAAACACCCUUGAUCUAAGCCGUAACGGUUUCCUAUCUGUGAAUAACCUCGAGUGGCUUUCGCGUCUUCAUCAAUUGAGAUACCUUGCCAUAGGUUAUGUUAAUCUAAGUAAAGCAACUGAUUGGCUACAAGCAGUGUUUAAGCUUCCCUUCCUUCAAGUCUUGAGCGUGCCUGGUUCUAAGCUUCCUGCCGUUGUCCCUUCUGUGUUUCCUUCCAGUAAUUCUUUGAUGUCCCUUUCAACCCUUGAUCUCUCUUCCAAUAAUCUCAAUACUUCUGUAUAUACCUGGCUGUUUAACUUGAGCAAUCUGACUUACCUUGAUCUCUCUGGUAAUGCUAUAUAUGGUCCAAUUCCUGAUGCUUUUGGGAAUAUGAAAUCCCUACAACACCUUGAUCUCUCUCGGAAUGCGCUUGGAGGUGGCUUCCCUAGAUGCCUUGGUAAUAAUUUGAAGUUUUUGCGAUUGUCUUCUAAUAAUUUAGAUGGACAGCUACCUGAGAUAAUGAAAAACUUGUCAUGCAUGUCGGAUUCUCUAGAGUACCUGAACCUAGAAGAGAAUCACAUUGGUGGUUCACUGACUGAUAUCAUAGCAAACUUUACAUCUUUGAGAGAACUGAGGCUCGGACGUAAUAAGUUGAAUGAAUCCAUCCCCAGAGUAGUUGGAAAUCUUCCAAGUCUUGUUAUUUUGGAUUUAUCUUGGAACAGAAUCGCGGGAUCAGUCCCUGAUCUUUUACUAUUAUCGUCGUUGAGGGAAUUACAUCUUUCACAUAAUCAGUUCACUGGUUUAACAGAGAGUAUUGGACGCCUUUCCAAACUUGAGAAGCUGAACCUUGAUUUCAAUCAGCUUGAAGGCACAAUAUCUGAAGCUCAUCUGUUCAAGCUCUCACAAUUACGUGAGUUAGACAUCUCUUAUAAUGCUCAACUACGUAUUCGAGUCAGUUCAGAUUGGAUCCCCCCUUUUCAACUGGAUCUCAUUCGUUUUACCCACUGUAAAUUGGGUCCUCAAUUCCCAAACUGGCUGCGGAACCAGAAUAAUAUUUCCGAACUUGAUUUUUCAGCCUCUGGAAUUUCGGGUGAAGUUCCUAAUUGGUUCUGGGAGCAGUUCCCUGGAAUGAGCUUCUUAAACCUUUCUUACAAUGAUGUGGGUGGAAAUAUACCAGAUCUCUCAAGGAAGAUGAGUGAUGUUCUUUGCAUAGAUUUGGCCACAAACAAAUUCAGUGGUCCAUUGCCAAAAUUUCCUACCAGUCUUGUAACACUUGAUCUCUCCAGCAAUAUGUUUUCCGGGACCAUCUCCUUCAUUUGUGACAAUUUUGAUUACUUGGGAUAUCUUGACCUCUCAGAUAACAGGUUUUCUGGAGAGCUUCCUCACUGCUGGACGCUUAGAAGUAUAGUGCAUCUUAAUUUAGGGAACAAUAACUUCUUUGGGAAGAUACCUAAUACGUUAGGUUCAUUGCAGACGAUGGGAAUGCUGCACCUUCAAAACAAUCAUUUGAUAGGAGAACUACCUCGGUCCCUGGCAAACUGCAAAAAGUUGAGGGUUAUAGAUGUUGGGUCCAACAACUUGUCUGGUGAACUUCCAGCAUGGAUUGGGACUAACAUAUCUGAUAUCAUUAUUGUUAUCUUAAAAUCCAACAGGUUAAGUGGAAGCAUACCUUCAAGCAUAUGCCAGCUAAAGAAACUUCAAAUCUUGGACUUAGCUGCAAAUAAGAUAUCUGGGACCAUACCAAAAUGUAUCAACAACCUCACUGCCAUGACUGAAGAAGAGAGUACAAUGCAACAAAUCAAGAGUUGGUAUUUUCAGGUCGACGAUGAAGGUGAUGUCACAAUAAAUGCCUCAUAUGAUGAGAGUGCAAUUUUGACGUGGAAAGGAAGACAAUUUGAAUACAGCAGCAUACUUGGUAUGGUGAAGAGCAUUGAUCUUUCAAGCAACAACUUGGUGGGAGAAAUCCCUAUUGAAAUUACAUCUCUUUUGGGUUUGCAUGGUUUAAACCUGUCAAUAAACAAUUUAACCGGCAGCAUCCCUCUGAGGCUUGGUCAAAUGAGGGCACUCAAUUUCCUUGACUUAAACAGAAAUGAUCUUUCAGGGGAAAUUCCUGCUGGUCUUUCACAGUUAAGUCACCUGGGAGUCUUGAACUUGUCAUAUAACAACUUUUCUGGCCGAAUCCCUUUAGGUGAACAAUUACUGACUUUCAACAACAGAUCCUACAUUGGCAAUCAUGGACUUUGUGGCUAUCCACUAACGGAAGCUUGCUUUGUGGAGGAACUGCCUCGAGAUCAAAUGUUGAGUGAUGAGGACGAGUUUAUAACUGCAGGAUUUUAUAUUAGUAUGGGGAUUGGCUUUCUUUCUGCAUUUUUGGUAGUCUCUGCUCUGAUCUUAAAUAGAAGGUGGACAUACGGCCCACUCAGAUACUUGGAAAUCAAUUAGGUAAUUAGCAUGUAACAUCACACAAUUAACGGUGACCGUCGUUUUCUCCAGUGAACCAUUCAUUUUAUGGAGCAUCGUAGAUCAUCUGAGUGCAAUCAAGAGCACACAUCAUCUCUGCCUCCCCUUGUUAAUUGGAAUAUAGCGGUUAUCUAGGAUUUGACAGUUACUUUAUUUGCUUCGAAUUCUCUGCUACUCUGUACCCAAUACAUCAACUAAACUGCAUUCACUGGAUCUUUUCUCGCAGCAAAUUGAUAAUGCAGUGUAUAUAUGUCUGGUAGUAUGCCCAAAAUAGGCUACUAAAGACACUUUUGCAGUUUCCCGACCCCUCAAGAGAAAAUGAUAAGAAAAGAAAGGAGUUGGAAAACCUUAAAUGUCCAGGCAGGAAAGGACAACUUCCUGUCAUCAAUUCUGCAAAAAUCCCAACCAAAUGCUCUGAUUCUGCUGUUACUAGGCUUUAACUCAAAACAUAGCCAUGUAUACUUCCCCAAUUUCCCACUUAGUAACUCGUAUCGUCCUUACUAGUAUAUUCACAAUGU